AUGAUUCUUUAUGACUCCGACUCCGAUGAUGAGUUGGAGAUAGUUACAAUAGCUUCUAUGGAAGUCGUUACAAUUUUUUCUAAUGAGUACUUGAGGUCACCGAACAACGACGACAUUGCUAAACUUCUAGCUGUUGGCGAAAGUCGUGGUUUUCCUGGGAUGUUAAGGAGCAUUGAUUGUAUGCACUGGACCUGGAAGAAUUGCCCAACUGCAUGGAAAGAACGGUCUUUCGUAUUUACUGAGCUUGCUCGAGGGCGUGCUCCUCCAGUUAAUUACACCAUUAAUGGAAAUGAAUAUACCAUGGGAUACUACCUUGCUAAUGGUAUAUAUCCACAAUGGGCAACUUUUGUUAAAACAUUUCCUUGUCCACAAGGAAAAAAGAAUAAACAUUUUGCUGAGGCCCCAAAGGCGUAUAGAAAAGAUGUAGAACGUGCAUUUGGAGUGCUUCAAGCACGUUUUGCAAUUGUGCGUGGACCUACGCGACCAUGGGAUCUUCAGACUCUUAAAGAUAUUAUGAAGGCUUGUAUAAUACUACACAACAUGAUCAUUGAGGAUGAAAGAGAUGACGGAGGAGAGCAAAACAUUGAUUAUGAACAAAUCGAUAAAAUCGCCCAUGCACAAUUGUCACUUGAAUGUACACCUGAUAUCAUGGAAUUUAUUCAACAACAUCGUCACAUAAGAGAUAGAGAAACUCAUUCUCGACUCCAAUCAGAUUUGGUUGAGCACUUGUGGCAAAUCUAUAGCCAAUCUUAG